AUGGCUUUAAAUAGCCUCAGCCUCGUCCAAGCACUUCUCUUCUUGUCUCUCACGACCUCGGCUUUCUCGACGCGGCCCUACAAGGAAGGCCUCACGCCAUACUUCUACGACUACGUUUGCCCUCAAGCCUUGCCCGCCAUCAAACGCGUUGUCGAGGCAGUGGUGCAACAGGAGCGACGCAUGGGCGCUUCGUUACUCCGUUUGCACUUCCACGAUUGUUUCGUUAACGGUUGCGAUGCUUCAAUACUUUUGGAUCCGACCCCUACCAUUGACAGCGAAAAGUUCGCGAACCCGAAUAACAAUUCGGCUAGAGGGUUCGAAGUGAUCGAUCAAAUUAAGGCGGAGGUCGACAAAGCUUGCGGAUACUCACUUGUAUCAUGUGCCGACAUCUUGGCCGUCGCAGCCCGUGACUCGGUAGUUGCGCUGGGAGGGCCUUCAUGGGAAGUACAACUUGGAAGGAGGGACUCGACCACGGCGAGCAGGACAACCGCCAACUCCGACAUUCCCGCGCCGAACAUGGACUUGCCUGCACUGAUCAACACGUUCCAAAAGCAAGGUCUCGACACUCGGGACUUGGUCGCGCUGAGCGGUGCUCACACAAUCGGGUUCGCUCAAUGUGUCAAUUUCAGAAACCGCACAUACAACGACGACAACGUCGCCACCAGUUUUGCCAGGAGCCUCCGGUCUUUGUGCCCGCGUACUGGAGAGGACGGGAACCUCGCUGGUUUGGAUCCUUCGCCGGCUCAAUUCGAUGCAUUGUACUUCCAUAAUCUGCUGGCGCAGAAGGGGCUUCUUCAUUCUGAUCAGGCGCUUUACAGUGGUGGGUCAACGGAUGAGCUGGUGAAAACUUACAGUGAUGAUGCGGAGGCCUUUUGGGAUUAUUUUGCAAAGUCGAUGAUCAAGAUGGGAAACAUAAAGCCGUUGAUCGGAAACCAGGGCCAGAUUCGCUCAAAUUGCCGAAGGUUGAACUGAAGUGGCAGUUUGUUCUUCGUUUCUUUCCGACGUAUGCUUCAAUAAUCUUGUUAAUAAAUAUUCUUGAAAUUGUUC